GAUAGUAAUUUGCAGCCUGGUCGACUCCCUAGAAAUGUCAAAGGGCUCGUUGUAUGUUCCAAUUUGACGGCCCAACCUGCGUCUGAAAUCUUCUUUGAAGUCUACACUUUGAAGAACAUGGAAGCUGUCAUUGCCACUGUUGUUCCAUCUUCUUUCGGAUUCUCCAGGCCUACCGAUUCCAUUUCCAGAUCGACUGUUUUCAAUGUCAAUAGAUCCAAUUCUGUGCGCUUCCCCACCCAAUUUCGCUUCUUCAGUGGGUGGCUUAAUUUGAAGCCUGGACAUAGGAACAUGGCUUUUGGAUGCAAGAAAUGCACAAUAGUUAGAGCAUCAGCAUCUGCUGACUCAUCCGGAUCAGCUGCUCCAAUUGCCCCACUUCAGCUGGAAUCUCCAAUUGGUCAGUUUUUGUCUCAGAUCUUGAUAAGCCACCCACAUCUUGUACCUGCUGCUGUUGAACAGCAGCUUGAGCAGCUUCAAACAGACCGUGAUGCUGAGGAACACAAGGAAGAGUCUUCAGCUUCUGGCACUGAGUUAGUAUUAUACAGGAGGAUUGCGGAAGUUAAGGCUAAUGAAAGGAAAAAAACUCUUGAAGAAAUCUUGUAUGCAUUGGUUGUGCAGAAAUUUAUGGAUGCCAAUGUUUCUUUGAUACCGACAAUAAGCUCCUCUUCUUCGGACUCGUCUGACCGAGUGGACACAUGGCCAAGCCAAGAUGGGAAGCUUGAGCAGCUUCACUCUCCUGAAGCCUAUGAGAUGAUCCAGAAUCACCUAGCUCUCAUUUUGGGGAACCGCUUAGGUGAUUCAGCCUCAGUGGCUCAGAUAAGCAAACUCAGGGUUGGGCAGGUCUAUGCAGCAUCGGUGAUGUAUGGUUACUUCCUUAAGCGGGUAGAUCAGAGGUUUCAGCUUGAGAAGACAAUGAAAAUACUUCCACAUGCAUUGGAUGGGGACAAGGGUUCUGUUCAGGAAGCCUUGUGGGAUAAGAUGACGCCCUCUGGCAGUGAUGACUCUGUCCAAACUGUAAAAUCCCACCCUGAGGUCUCAUCUGGGGCUGGUGGCUUCACCCCUGGUGGUUUUGGUCAUGGGAUAAAACCCUCCCGACUUAGAAAUUAUGUGAUGUCUUUUGAUGCAGAGACACUACAGAGGUAUGCAACAAUAAGAUCCAAGGAGGCUGUCAGCAUCAUUGAGAAGCACACAGAGGCAUUGUUUGGAAGACCUGAGAUUAUUAUAACUCCUCAGGGAACAAUUGAUUCUUCCAAGGAUGAACUCAUCAAGAUUGGCUUCGGUGGUUUAAAGAGACUUGUUCUGGAGGCUGUGACUUUUGGUUCUUUUCUCUGGGAUGUUGAGAGCUUUGUGGACUCGAGGUACCAUUUUGUUAUAAACUAAGUUCUGUGUGCUUGCGUCCAUGCCACAAAUAAGCUUGGUAAAGAAGGCAUUAAUUGACCAUCUUAAAUUGUAUGACUGAGUGUAAAUUUGGAGCUAAGUGGAGUCAUAUUACACUAAUUGAGCUUGUAUAUAUUCAUGCAUUUUCUAAUUUAUUUGAAGGAUCUUAAACAGUUGAAUUUGUGAAUUUGGUAUCUACAGAUGCAAUAUAGCCUAAAGGGAGAUUCAGUAUGCAAGAUA